CUGUCCAACAACGAAAUGGGUAUUUCUGAUUCGACCAAACCCAUAUACCAUGGCCAUGACGAUGAGGACGUUGAAGAAUUCCUAGAAGACUACGAAGCUUAUGGUGCAUCAAAGGAUUGGGAUGAAGAUAAAAUGCGGCAGGUAAUGAGACUUCAUGUCGCUGACGACCUAAAGCCCUGGAUCCGUGAGCAAAUAAAAGCCAAUAGUACUUGGGCCGACCUGAAAGCCGCUGUCAUUUCUGGUGCUCAAGCCUCUUACGACGUUGAAGAGAAGUUAGAACGGUUGAAGAGUGUGAAGCAAAAGCCGAAUGAUACGAUCAAGGCAUAUACCAACCGGUUCGAUGCGUGUGCAGAAGCUGUGAAGAGUCACAUAAGGGGUCUUGAAAAAAGACAAUGGUAUGUACAAGGGUUACGGGAACCUUUUAAAGAAAGGGUUGAAAUGCAGUGUCCUGAAACAUAUGAUGAUGCAAAAAAAUGGGCGAUAAAGGUGGAAAAGUAUAGCAAAGACAAUGAAGCAAAAUGUGACAAAUUGGAUGUGGAUGACCUUACCUCAGCUUUUGGAGCUUUAAAAAUUUGUCAUGUUGGUCAAAGUCAAGAUCCAGAUGAUCAAAUGGACAAAAUGGAAUCUAGUAUCAAAGAAUUGACAAAGGCCAUCUUGGAUCUUAGAGAGAAUAAGGAGCCUAUCAUGCGUCGUAAUCAAACGAUGCAAAAUCAGAACCCCAAUAGUCGAAAUCAGCCAAACAGGCCCCGUAGAUGUUAUGAAUGCAACCAGGAAGGGCACAUUGCGUGGAAUUGUCCCAACAGAAUAAUGCAACCUCAACCCAAUGAUCAAACAAGGGCAGUAAGGAAUAAUCAACCUGACAAUCCUGAGGUCAGAGGCAUGAAUGUACGAUAUCUCGAAGUCACGGAAACAGAGAAGGAUGGGGGUGACGAAUACCUAAGGGUAGAAUUAAAAGAGGGUGAAUCACUGUUUGAUGUGAGAAACCUUGGAAAAAGGAGACGAAUAGAAGAUGAGCAUGAAAUGCCAUCAUGGGCUCAAAAGAGUACUUAUGUUGAU